GGUGAAAACUGAAAGGAACACCAAGCUUUUUAAGCCCAGCAAAUUCUCCAGCUGCAAAAAUGGAGCCGAUGAUCAUCAAAACUGUUCAAGAUUGAAAGCCCAUUUGAGAGAAGUCUUAAAUUAGGGAGAAAAAAGUGACUGGGAACCUGGGGGGAAUGGAGGAGAGUUCAUCUGGGGCAGUUGUGCCGGCUGCAAAGGGGGAAACAAGGGACAAAAGGGCUGCAGCAGCGGCUGUCAGAGAGGUGGAUGAAGAGGAGAAGGAGAAAGAGAAGACAGAAGAAGAAGAAGGAGAGUUGUUGGAUAAGGAAUUGCUAUGCCCAAUAUGUAUGCAGAUAAUUAAGGAUGCAUUUUUGACUUCAUGUGGGCACAGUUUUUGCUAUAUGUGUAUAGUAACUCAUUUGCAGAACAAGAGUGAUUGCCCCUGUUGCUCUCAUUUUCUGACACCCUCUCAACUUUACCCCAAUUUCCUCCUCGAUAAGCUAUUGAAGAAGAGAUCUGCCGUAAAAAUUUCAAAAACUGCAUCCUGUGCAGAGCAGUUUCGACAAUCACUUGAGCAGGGUUGUGAAGUAUCCAUCAAGGAGCUGGAUACCCUAUUGACUCUGCUGGCAGAGAAAAAGAGAAAAUUAGAGCAGGAAGAAGCAGAGAGAAAUAUGCAAAUACUGCUGGAUUUCUUACAUAUCUUAAGGAAGCAAAAAGUUGACGAGCUUAACGAGAUACAAAAUGAUCUUCAGUAUAUUAAAGAAGACAUUAACGCAGUUGAGAGGCAUCGAAUAGAGCUGUACCGGGUAAGGGACAGGUUUUCACUGAAACUGCAGGUGUUAUCAGAUGAUUGCUUGGGUGUGAGAUCACGUUCUUCAUCCAUAGAUAGGACAAGCAGUGGACUUGUUUCCAGUUCUCGUAGUGCUCAUGGAGGAGCUACUGGGAGCUUUCAGUAUAAGAGAGGGGAUUCAAAAGCUCAAUUCAGCUCUCCUGCAAACCACAGGAAGGAUGCUUCUCUUAGUGGAUUAAAUACACAGCCUAUGAGUCAAUCGGGCCUAGCUGUAGUACGGAAAAAGCGAGUUCAUGCUCAGUUUAAUGAUUUACAGGAGUGUUACUUGCAAAAGAGAAGGCAAUUAGCCAAGCAGUUAUUUAAUCAAGAAGAGAAGGGUAGUACCAUCGCGCACAGAGAAGGUUAUAGCGCAGGUCUGGCAGAUUUUCAAACUGUACUCAGCACCUUCACGCGAUACAGUCGGUUAAGAGUGAUUGCAGAGUUAAGGCAUGGGGAUAUUUUUCACUCUGCCAAUGUUGCCAACAUUGUCUCAAGUAUAGAAUUUGAUCGGGAUGAUGAACUGUUUGCUACUGCUGGAGUUUCACGCCGAAUUAAAGUUUUUGACUUCUCUUCAAUCAUAAAUGAACCUGCAGAUGUGCACUGUCCUGUUGUAGAGAUGGCAACAAGGUCUAAGCUUAGCUGCUUGAGUUGGAACAAGUACACUAAAAAUCACAUAGCUAGUAGUGACUAUGAGGGAAUAGUGACUGUUUGGGAUGUGAUGACACGGCAGAGUAUCAUGGAAUAUGAAGAGCAUGAAAAACGGGCAUGGAGUGUUGACUUUUCGCGUACUGAACCCUCAAUGCUUGUAUCUGGAAGUGAUGAUUGUAAGGUCAAAGUCUGGUGCACAAAGCAGGAAGCUAGUGUUCUCAACAUUGACAUGAAGGCAAAUAUAUGCUGUGUAAAGUAUAAUCCUGGAUCGAGUGUUCAUGUUGCGGUUGGCUCUGCAGACCAUCACAUCCAUUAUUAUGAUUUGAGAAACACCAGCAACCCACUUCACAUAUUUAGUGGGCAUAAGAAAACCGUUUCAUAUGUGAAGUUUCUGUCCACCAAUGAGCUUGCUUCUGCAUCAACUGACAGCACCCUGCGGCUGUGGGAUGUGAAGGAAAAUUUGCCUGUUCGUACAUUGAGAGGGCAUACAAAUGAGAAGAACUUUGUGGGUCUCACAGUCAACAAUGAAUUUAUUGCUUGUGGUAGUGAAACAAAUGAAGUAUUCGUAUACCACAAGGCUAUUGCUAGACCUGUGACUUGGCACAAAUUUGGUUCUCCGGAAAUGGAUGAUGCUGAUGAAGAUGCAGGUUCUUACUUUAUUAGUGCAGUAUGUUGGAAGAGUGAUAGCCCGACCAUGUUAGCCGCUAACAGCCAAGGAACAAUUAAAGUGCUACUGCUAGCUGCAUGAGUGCGUGAAAUUAAUAUGUUUAUGUGUCCUCACGAAUACUAACAAUUUAUUACUUGUGAAAGUGUCAAUCAACUUGAUAUUUGAUCGGUGAGCUAUUGAUACCAAAAAUUGGUACCUGAUGCUUAGAAAGAAGUUGUACUAAAUAGUUGUUGUGACUCCAGAAUGAUACAAUUUUAGGUGUUUGGUCUUUUUAUCUAUUAUUUUCUCUUCAUCUAACAUCUUGUAGAUAGUUUGAAUAUAAAAGAAGUGGAAUUGCUCUUUUCUUUCA